AUUCGCGAAGCAUUGAAUGUAAACAGGCAUUGAGUUUUUGAACCACAACCAAAAAUAUAUUUAUUUUCAAUAUAUAUAAAAAAAAAUAUUGUUCGUUUGGAUCAACAUUAGCUACAUAUUAAAAUGGCAUCCAAAGGUGAUUUAUUGAUGGAAAUUGCGUCUAUGGAUUUUAUUGAGUCGGAAUCAAAGAUUUUGGAAAAUGUUGGUUUGGUAACGCAAAAAGAUGCAAAUCAUCGUUUACUCUUGCAUUGGGGGGCAUUGAUGGGAAAGGAACGUUUUGUGGAGUUUUUGCUAAAUUUCAAAGAGUGUCCGAUUGAUCCGAUUGACGAUACCGGUGCGACACCAUUAAUUUUAGCAACAUUGAAAGGAUCAUUGCCGAUUGUAAAAUUGCUGAUUGAACGUGGUGCAAAUGUAAAUCAUCAAAAUAAUAAUGGACACACACCGGUAAAAUACGCCGGAUCGAAAAAUCAUAAAGACAUAUUGCUACAUUUAUUGGACUGUGGCGCUGAUCCAAAUGCACGUGAUCAUAUCGGCGACACGCCACUGCAUCGAAUUGCAUCGAUGGAGCACCACGACUGCCUUCGCAUGAUAUUGACACAUCCCAAAUCAAGUUCAAUCUUAUUGUUAGAUGCACAAAAUAAACUUGGCAUGACCCCAUUACAUUUGGCAUGCGAAGUAGAUGAUCCAGUGGGCGCUAUUAUGUUGAUUGAUAAAGGAGCCUCAACGGAAAUCUCAAACAAAGACGAAUUAACACCACUUCAAGUUUGCAAGCCUUACAUACGCCGAAAAUUAUUGGAUCACAUCGAAAGCAAAGCCAAAUGAAUGUGUCAUCAUUAUUGUUAAUCAUUUAUCGCAUUCACUUUCAAAAAAGAAACCCAAACACGAAUAAAUAAACAAAAUCAAACAAAACGUU